AAGUUUCCGUGUCCUGCGAAUCCUCAUCACGCAGCACAAUUGAAUCGACAGACGCCUCCGAGUCCCCGAAGGAAAGCGUUCGCUGCUCUCCUCUUUCCAGUAUCCUCCUUUUGACCUUUUUUGUUUUUUUCAACCUGGGUGGGCCGCCCUCUUACAAGCGCUGAGAGAUGCUGUGCGCGGCGGCAGCAGAGAGGAAUAAACAGCCGAUCGCAGACGUACUACUGCAGUGCGUGGAUCCUCGGCUGCCUCUGCAGGCUCUGGAAAUAGCCUCGGGCUCCGGACAGCAUGUCGUACACUUUGCCCAGCAGAUGCCCAGAGUCACCUGGCAACCAUCCGACAACGAGGCGCGUUCUCUCGUAAGUAUUUCAUCUUACAUCGAAGCUACAAAGGUGAACAAUGUGAAGCCACCUAUCUACUUGGAUGCAUCACAGAGCUGGGAGACGUGGGGUGGCCUUCAGCCAAACUCUGUGCACCUCAUUGUGAACAUCAACAUGAUUCAUAUUUCACCGCUAAACUGUACAGAAGGCUUAUUUCAAGGGGCUGGAAAACUGCUGAAACCUGGUGGUUUACUUCUCACUUAUGGUCCAUAUUCCAUUAACGGGAUAAUCACACCGCAAAGCAAUGUGGACUUUGAUUACAGCCUGCGACAAAGGAACUCAGAAUGGGGUCUGAGGGACACCUCCUUAUUACAGGCGCUGGCAGAGCAGAAUGAGAUGUUUUUGGAACAGGUGGUUGACAUGCCAGCCAAUAACAAAUGUCUCCUCUUCCGGAAAGAAAACAUGCUAUAGGUGCCCCCGUAUUCUCAAUGUGGGCAUCAGUGGCGAACUCUUGUAAAGAUGCUGCCCUCUGGGAUCGGCUUGGUCAUCUCCAGCCACACAAUGUCAUGGAGAGAUGUCUCUGGGUCAAGUGUAAGUGUUUUCUGAUUGCAGAUCAGAGCCUUACCAUUAAAGUACAACAAGUCACA